AUGUUGGAUCGAAUUGGUGAAACGUUUGUAGCACUGGAAGAAGCAGUAUCAACAGGAUUGAUUCGUUCUUAUGGUAUUAGUUCCAAUAGUUUUUCUGUUCCUCCUGAGGAUAAGCAUUUCCUACCUUUCGAGGAUCUUAUUGAACGUGCAAAAAAUGCUUCUAGAUUUGUCAGAGGCACUGAAAAACAUGGAUUUGCAGCCAUACAACUUCCAGGAAAUUUAUUAGAACAAUAUGGAUUAAAAACUACAGCCAAAUGGGCAAAAGAGAAUGGAUUAAAGGUGUUUAUUAACAGACCACUUAAUGCCUUUAAUGAUGAAGGUGGAUUUCGCUUAGCAAGUUAUCCUAAAACUAAAAGAAUGGAGGAAAAUGGAGGAAAAUGGAAAAUGGAAAAUGGAGAAUUGAAUGGAGCGGAAUUAAAUACAACAAUACAAUACAAUUAA